CUGCCCGGUAGGUAUUCCUCUCUGGAGCUGGCACUGCUCUACUACGAAGUAGCUCCCACUCAGUGUCACUUCCUACAGUCGGGAUGUCGCGGUUGACCUUCGAUGUUGUUCAUCAGCAUCUUGGUGCAACUCGUGGGCUGAGCUCUGUGAUGGUAGUCGUUAAUGUGUAAUGGUCGUGGCCUUGCAGGGAGUUGGAGUGCACUGCGAAUUCUAUGGGUGACCUCGAAAGCUACGUCGGCUGAGCAGGGCAUUGUCUGAUUGGGCAAGCAUUGCCUGAAAUCAGCGUUGCAUUGUUUUCCCGCCGUUGCUUUACAAGGAUGGCAGCAACAGGAAGUGGCAUCAGGAUGGGACCAGCGUCAACUCUUGCGGUCCUGAUGAUGAUAGUGUUACUUUCUUGUGUUGGAGCACAGCGGGCGCGUGCUCCAGCUGCUACACCCAAGGGCGCCGUUCAAGCACCAGGGCUAUUGCUUCCAGGCCAGCCUGCGACUGCACCCGCACUGGCAGAGAUGGCCCCUGCGCCGGCACCUGGAUUUGACGAAUUGUUUCCCCCAUGUGAUGGCGUGCACGUUUUGUACGAGUCAACCUUCACCAAGAAAAUUUACCCUUUUCUCAACGUCACGCCUUGGAUUCAGCCUUAUUCCUUUCAGGCAUUGGCGACGUUGACGAACAUGGGAUAUUCGACUGUGCAGAACUGGGAGAUGGGAAUUAUGUUCCAGCAUAAUGAGAUUUUAGUGGACGCGGGAACAGCUGUGUUGGCAGAUGGGCAGAAAAUGCCCGUGGAUGUAUCUAACGGUACCAUAUUAACCGGAGCCACACCUGAGGAUUUGAAGAACGCCAUUGAGACCGCAGGGAACAUAAAGCUCAUCCAGAGAAAAAUCAACAUCCUCGGAACUGAAUUUGGAGUGAAAACUGAUCCAAUGCCGACAAACAUCAACAUUACAGAUAAAGAUUACAAUUGUAGUGCUCCUAGUUUCAGAGGGAACAAUACAAUGUGGGUUUGUUGCCUGGAGAAAAAUAGGAACAUCACUCUGUCUGAUGAUGAAGAAAAUUACCUUCCACCGGAGAAGGGUAAUAUUACAAUUUUGUAUGACGUCACUGGGGCUUACGAGAAGAACUACAUGGCCACGGUGUCGAUUACCAACAACAUGCCUGUAACACGUAUUGAUCAUUGGAAUCUUUCGUGGACAUGGCAAGAAGAUGAAUUCAUCAACACUAUUAAAGGAGCUCAGACAUACGAAGCUGACAUUAAGACCUGUGUGAGGGGUAUUGCUGGGAGGACGUAUUCCGAAGGUCCGGAUAUCAACAAGGCUGCCAGUUGUGCACUUCGUCCAGUCAUUCUAGAUUUGCCUACUGACAGAACCAACGAUACGAACUUGGGAAUGGUCAAGAAUUGUUGCAAGAACGGAACUAUAUAUCCUGCUAUCAUAGACCCGAAGAAGACGACAGCGGCUUUUGAGAUAAACGUGUACAAAGUGCCCCCUGGUGAUGACGAUAUCACUCACGUAGUGCCUCCCGGCGACUUCAAGUUCGGCGACGGCAGCAAUACGACUGACGGGUACUACACUUGUGGAAAGCCAAGACUCAUUGAACCCACCGUGUACGGGGAUCCCUGGAACAGUCUUAUACAUAGAAGGUCGGCUGUGAAGACCUGGCAGGUGACUUGCAACAUCACUGCUGAGGUGAAGAGGACACCCAAGUGCUGUGUUUCAUUUUCGGCAUACUACAACGAAUCAGUUGUGCCCUGUAGGUCGGGUGCUUGUGGACUGCCUGACAAACCCCCCUCACUGGUCUACGGUGAAGAGGACUCAUCAGCCACAUGCGAUCGCAAUGCAUCGUCUGUGCUGCUCCCGUAUGGAGCUCUCACUCUCGCCCCUGUGAACCGAACCAAGCAGAUUAAGGCGUGGGCUGCGCUCAACCGGAGACCCCUCCCGGAUCCUCUUCCUUGCACCGAUUACUGCGGUGUCAACGUGAACUGGCACAUAGUCUCCGACUUUGCCAAGGGGUGGAGCGCCCGGCUCACGUUCCUGGACUGGUCAAACAUCACCUAUCCUGACUGGUACGCUGUCAUCGAGAUGCCAAAUGCCACCGCAGGCUUACAGGAAGCAUACACAAUGAAUGCCACACGCCUUCCCCUACUUAACAACAGCCUGGGCGAUGCCAUGAUCAACAACACCUUCGUUGUGACCGGCAUAGAAGGGUACAACAACUAUUUGAUGGCUGCCCAGAACCUUACGUCAGGGAAGAUCCAGUCGGUCAUUUCCUUCACUAAGGAGACCACUCCGGGAAUCGAUGUACCCCUCGGCGGUGGCUUUCCAUCCAGAAUCUGGUUUAAUGGGGAAGAAUGUGUGUUGCCGGAGAUGGUUCCGAUUAACGCCGCUUGUCGGUCAGCUGCUCCAUCGGCACUUCUCACGCUCGUGGUUGGCUUGAUAAUCUUUUUACUUUCUCUAAUAGGGUGCGAUCGAUGAUCGUCUCGGAGUGCAGGAAAUGUAAAUUCUACUUCUUAGAUUAACCCAAGGAGCAAUUGCUGUGGGGCAAGGAGGUGAGGUAGCAGAAGACUUCCUCAGGCAAUGAGGUUCCUUGGACUUGUAUUAUAGUACACAUGAAUCAAACCAUGGAAAGUUUUGAUGAGCACUGCAAGUCUUGCAUUUAUCGUGUAUUUCGGCAUGCUAUUAUAAUGUAAUUUUUUAAGUGUCGGUGUUUUA